AUGGGCUCCGUGACUUCGGCCCUGACGAGGACGAGGAACGCGCUGGUGAAGGUGGGCUCGCAGCCGGAGAACCCCGACCCGGAGAGGAGCCGGUCCGCCCCGGAGACGGACCGGGCCCGGAAGAGGAGCGCCCGGUUCAACGUGGCCAUCCAGGUCGGGAGGCAGAGCUCCCGCACGUCGCUGUCCGAGGUGCUGAGCAGACAGGACGGCGAAGGAGCCAGGCAGACCCUGAGGAAGAGAAGUGCGGAGGCUCCACAGGGCGUGGCAAAUGAAGACGCAGAGAGCUCCACCAGACCCCAGGCCAGUUUUUCACGCUCAAAGUCCCAGAGUGCCUUGUGGAACGCCAUCACCGCGGGGAUGGGGAUCAAAGGCAAAGAACUGAAGCCCCCCCUGAGCGACCUGCGAAGUCCUGAAGAGAUUCUGGCCGACGAGCUUCCUGUCACAGAUCAACCCGACGCCACAGAGAAGACGGCCAUCAGGCGCAAGUACAAGAAGACGUCCCAGAGAUUAAGAUGUCUGGUGAAGCAGUUGGAGAGAGGAGAGGCUUCCCUCGCAGACCUCAAGAAAAACCUGGAGUAUGCGGCGGCGGUGCUGGAAUCCGUUUACGUCGAGGAGACGAGACGCUUGGUGGACACAGAGGAUGAGCUCAGCGACAUCCAGUCGGAAUCGGUGCCCUCAGAAGUGCGGGACUGGCUGGCCUCCACCUUCACUCGCCAGAUGGGCCUGAUGCUGCGGCGCAGUGAAGAAAAGCCGCGCUUCCGCAGCAUCGUCCACGCCGUCCAGGCUGGAAUAUUUGUUGAGAGGAUGUACCGACGUACCUCCAAUAUGGUGGGACUCAGCUACCCCGCUUCUGUCAUAUCUGUGCUUAAGAAUGUUGACAAGUGGUCGUUUGAUGUUUUCGCUCUAAAUGAGGCCAGUGGGGAUCAUGCACUCAAAUUCAUAUUCUACGAGUUACUCACACGAUACGACCUCAUUAACCGCUUCAAGAUCCCCAUCUCCGCAGUGGUGUCAUUCGUGGAGGCCCUGGAGGUGGGCUACAGCAAGCAUAAAAACCCCUACCACAACCUGAUGCACGCCGCUGACGUCACGCAGACUGUACAUUACUUGCUACUCAAGACUGGCAUGGUGCAUUGGUUGACUGAGCUGGAGAUCUUUGCCAUGAUCUUUGCGGCGGCAGUGCACGACUACGAGCACACGGGGACCACAAACAACUUCCACAUUCAGACAAGGUCGGACACGGCCAUCCUCUACAACGACCGCGCGGUGUUGGAGAGUCACCACGUCAGCGCAGCGUACCGCCUCCUGCAGGACGACGACGAGAUGAACAUCCUCUACAACCUGUCCAAGGACGACUGGAGAGAGCUGCGGGCUCUGGUGGUGGAGAUGGUGCUGGCUACAGAUAUGUCCUGUCAUUUCCAGCAGGUGAAGGCCAUGAAGAACUCCCUACAACAACCUGAGGGCAUUGACAAGCCCAAAGCCCUUUCCCUGCUGCUGCACACCGCAGACAUCAGCCACCCGGCCAAAAGAUGGGACCUCCACCAUCGUUGGACCACCUCCCUCCUGGAGGAGUUCUUCAGACAGGGGGACAAAGAAUCAGACCUCGGGCUUCCGUUCUCACCGCUCUGCGACCGAAAGUCAACAAUGGUGGCGCAGUCCCAGAUCGGGUUCAUCGACUUCAUCGUGGUGCCCACCUUCACCGUGCUGACGGACAUGAUGGAGCACAUCGUCACUCCGCUCAUCGACGAGGCCUCCCACUCCGGUCUCGCCGGCUUCCGCCGAUCAAGUCUGAACAGUCUCAGCUCGGAGGAGGUCAAGCGGCAGAGUGUGAAGAGCAUGGGCUCCGACAGCAGCUCGUCAGGCCAGAGCUCCCUGCUGACGCUGGACAUGAAGAACUUCAAGGCCCUGUGGAAUGAAGAGGUUUAUCAGAACAGGGAGAGGUGGAAAACGCAGGCCACUAAAGAGGCAGAGGAGAGGGCUAAAAAGGAGGAGGAGGAGCAAGUUCAGCAGGAGGACACUAUGGAGCCCCAGGAGGAACAAACGGAACCCGAACAGCCUGAACCAAAGGAGGACCAAUUGGAGGGGGAGGCGGCCGAGUCGGCAGAGGUCAGCACACCGCCGGACGGUAACACGGGGGAAACAGAGGAGGGAGAUCAGGCCGAGGGCGCCACACACAAGAGUCCGUCUCUGCACAACGGAGAGUUGUCUGAAGGAGCAGAAUCUACAGAGGAUGAAGAAAAUAAAAACAAAAGUGUCGAUGCAGAGGUAGCGAUGGACUAGUCGAGCUGCAGAUAAUCAACAGCAUCACGGGACCCUGAACCUGUUCUUCUAACUCGACUGGGGGGAGCUCGCCCAGACUCACUUCAGAGGGAAGGCCAUCAGUUGGACUGUGUCGCCCUCUUCAGGGCUUCAAGAAACUCACACCUUCACUUCCAUUUUUGUGUCCUAAUGACGACUAGUUUUUACUUUUCCUGUGUUUACACUCCAACGCUCUUGUAUGCAGAGUUUGUGGCUCCGCCCUCUCUGCUCAUCGAUGAAGACGAUACAGGAGAUUUAAUGAUCUUAAAGUGAUGAGGGGGGUUGAGAGGAGCCUUUUUAAAAGACUGACACUGAAAACGUUUUUUAGUUUGCCAAUCUUUUACCCAACACAUCCACAGACAUGUAGCCAUCGUACAAAUCUCUCCUUUUACUCUAUUUGUCUCUCUCCUUUGUUAGAUUUAAGUAUCACACAGUAAAAGCUGGUUUAUUUAGAAACAAAGUAUGUUACAGUCAUUUGUUUUUCGUCCUUUCAAAUUAAAACAGAAGUGCUUUUUAUUGUCGAAAAUGCAGGAUAAAUGCACAUGAAAAGGGACUUUUACAGCUGCCACACAGAAUGUAAACUGUCUUGGUUUGUGUUUAGUACAACGGGAUUAAAUUAACAAACCUACUCUAUAUAGAAAUAUUGUGCUUUAUAGGAUUUCCUGCUGGGAGUCUCAACCGAUCGAGAGACUACAGCAAAAAGCUUUUCAACACCAGUUGUCUCAUUUUUCCUCUUCACACGUUUACUUUCUCAGUGCUUUCCUCAGACGAUGUGCGUUUGUGUUCCCUGCAGUCAGGUUCCCUUUUGUUUUUGUGUGUCCUUGUCGUCUGCACUGUAAAUAUAUUUGUACAUGUAUGAAUCUGAGAAUGAGUAGAAAUCCUACGAUUCCACAAUCCCAAAAUCAAGAUUGUUUUGUCAUUACAUUAAGGAUGUAAUGUAAGAUAUUGUUGUGGAAAAUAUUCGAAUGCAACCCUUUGCAUUUCAGACAUAUCACACAUUCAAAUGCAUUGAAGAUAUUUUUUAAUAUUUAAAAUCUUUUUGUUUACCUUUUUUUUUGUUGUUGUUACAUUUGUUCUGCAUUUGUCCUUCAUGAAUCCUGCACUAGAUGUGUGUUAUAUCCUCACUGUGUGUGUGUGUGUGUGCGUGUGUUUCAUCUCUUCCUGGAAUCACUUCUUGUUCUCGAUGCCUUCUUACGUAUAUUGAAGCUGUAGCAACACAUCAGCGUCGCCGCUGAAUUAGAGCAAAAAAUCUCAGACAUGUUUCUGGUUUUCGUUUCGCGGCACAGUUAAGUCACGGCAGCUCCACAUCCUAUCGUUGGUGUAAUGUUGAAUGGACUUGUGUUUACAGUGUGCUCGUGCACCUAUUAGCCAGCUCGACCCAUCAGGCUUCUCGUGACGCAUCCGACGCUGAGUAAAAACUGUAUCUGCUUCUUGGUCGUUUGCCAGGUUUUUAAAGACUUGUAAUGUUGUGUAUUGAAGAUGCAAAUAUUGCUUACUGUGCAUAUGUAACAUAUUGAACCCCCCCUCCCGCAGCGCCGCUUCAGCUUAUGUUAUAAACCUAAAACACGGAAGUGGAAGAAGCAAAUCGGGGCAGUAUUUGCAUAAUUUAUAGGUGUGUUUUCCCUAAAAUUGUGCACUUUUAUUUUGAAAUUUCCCUAAAUGAACAGUGCCAGGACCACAUUCUUGGCAUAUUAUUUUAAAGGAUACAGUACACGUGUCUACUGCUACACAUUCUAAUAUGUAUAAUAUGCAUCGGGUUCAAAAAGGGUAAACAGUUUAACACCUGGAGCUUUGUAUAAAACUAUAGGAACCAACAAAUUAUUUUUUAACCUCUUUGUUUUAAUACACACUCCCCAUUUUUAUAUUAUAACAGGAACACUAGUACCGUGCUGGGAUCAAGCAGUUUGUCAUGCGAUGCUACUUUCUACCUAAAAUAUACAGUCGGUGGUUAGCAGGCCAGCUGGCUGAAUGUGUGCCUCUACGUGUACUCUCCGUUCCACAACUGUAGGAAAAACAAACUUUUAGUGGUGUCGUUGGAAUCUGUGCUGAUCCAGGAACAGUCCAACAAUCUAGUUAAUAUCUUCUUACAUUACUACACACUAAAGGAGUGUUGUGUAAACACUUUUAUUUUAGACACUGUUGGAAAAUAUGUUUGUAAAGUCAUGCUUUGAUGUUGCAGAAGUAUAGUAUUUAUAAUGAUAUAUUUUAUGGUAUAUUUAUUUUUAUUUUUCAUUCAGAAAAAAUCAGUUUUUCCGCUGUUUUGUGCUCGAUAGCGUUGUGUUUGUUUGUUUGUUUGUUUGUUUUUGUUCUACCCGACUGUUUUUCUCCCAUUUUGGACUCAAAGGACGCGAAUGUGAAACAGUCUUCGACAUGUAACUUCUUUCCCUUUUUCAUUUCGUCUCUCCUCUGUGUAUCUGUUCGAUGUCUUUGGCUCCACCAGCUUCGAACUCAGAAACAUUCAUAGUGGGUCAAAGGUCCCAACUGAGUUACUAUCAUAGAAAAUUACAAUUUAUCGUAAUAGAACAAAAACUAAACUUAGUGCAUCCUCACAACAGCCUGUGUGACGCUUGGUAAAGCAGCGUUUCCUGUACCAAGGGACCAACACGUGUACAGUCUCGUAGUUUGCUUUCACUUGCUGCUGUGACGGCCGACUGUGUGAAUAUUUAGCAGGAGUUAAUACCGACCGUAAUCAGAGACAUAGCUGUAUUUAUGACUUCUAAACGUGGUGUUUUGUAACGGUUACUAUGGAACACAUUCUUUGUUGUUUGUUUCUUGCUUUGUUUCCUCGUUUAGUCUGAAUUAAUCUCUGAUCUCAAACUGUUCUACUCACUGAGGUUAGAUGGAUGUAAAGCCUCUGUGUGUGUGUGAGAGAGAACGAGUGUGUGAGUGUGUAUGAGAGAGCGAGUGUGUGUGUGUGUGUGUGUGAGAGAGAGAGAGAGAGAGAGAGAGAGAGCGAGUGUGAGAGACAGUGUGUGUGUGUGUGUGGAACUGCUUGAAAAUUACUCAAUGUGCAUUUCUGAUCUCCUCACUGUGAUCUGCUCUAUCGAUGAGUGUGUGUGUGUGUUUGUGUGUGAGAGAGAGUGUGUGAUGCAGUGGACUGCAUGAAGCUGGGUAAACAAUUCUCACCACCAACAAAAUUGGAAAAAACAACAUCAGAUCAGUGUUUUUUAAACACCAAGUUCUCACAUUUUGUCAAAAUUACAACUGUGUCCACUGACCAGCAGAGUGGAGGAACACAAAAAUAUAAAACCUGAGGGUGGACAGGAGUGAGCCACCUCAGGUUUACCUUCUAUUCUCCGUAAGACAGAGUGAAUCCGAGUGAGUGAGUGUUUGUGUGUGCAUGCGUGUGUGUGUCACUGUCCUAUGCCGGCCAGGCGGCCGCGUGUGCCACCAUGCUCUGUGACUGCACAGUCGUAUCAAUAAAUCCGGACUCAAAGGGCUCA